AUGCAAGGUAGUGCGGUAUUGUGGACGUCAAUGUCAGAAACGCCAUCGCAGCAGUCAAAAGUGCCUUUGUCAAGCAUCCAGCAACUGAAGGCACAGAGAGCUUCUCAAGUAAUACGUGGUGAUGCUUAUGUAUUUGUCAGCCAUCUUACACCUACGCAGCAGUUAAGAGUAGCCAGGCUUGUUGGUAUGAAGUGUAAAGUGUUGUGUAUGUUGAGUGGUGGUGACUGUUGAGGUAUUUCAUAAGUAAGUUGAGGUAUUGUGGGAUACUUGGACUCAAAUGUCCAUAGUAUAAAAGAGCGGGUUUAGUGAGCAUCUACCAUCUUUACAGUUAAGGAAGAUUGAAGAUACGUUAGGAAGGGUGAAGGACUGCUGGACUUAAGAGCAGCAAAUGGUGGAGUAAUACGGGUGGAAGUAGAAUUCCAACUUAUCCCUGACUUUCAAGCGUCUGUACUUCUAACAGUACCGAUCCUGGCUGCAAGGGACAAGCUGGUGUACCCAAUCAUUCAUGGUUACGAUGUUAUAGAAGAGAUGAUCAGGAAUAAGGGACAAAGAGGAAGCAAGGUAGCAGUUGUUGACAUUAUGAGUUUUGCUUUGGUGGAUGUGAAUGUGGAGAGUGUUAGUGCAUAGGUGGAGUUUGUACAAGAUCAAGUUAAAGAAAGCUUGUGUUUUUGAGGAGUUGUAUAUAAACAGUCUAACAGUACCAGCGGGACAGACGGUGGCGGUACUAUGUUAUGUCAGUUGUGGUCCACUAGGGAGAAGAACUCCAGCGCUAUUUGAGCCAACCCCAGAUGAAACCUGACCUGGUGAAUUAGAAGUCUCAGAGCAACUGCUCACCUUGCCGCGAGGGAUACCCAACAGAGUGAACAUUACAGUUCUUAGGACGCCACAAGAGAAGCUAGGUGACCUUACUGAGAGCCAGCCAAAAAUAGCGAUGAAAAUGAUGACUGAGCAAGCCGAAUCAUUUGCUCAGAAUAAUGAUGAUGAUGAUGAUGUGGGAUGUAUUGAGGGACUACAAUUGAAUUUAGAACUAUCAGGCACCUCUCCAGUUCAGAAGACGUGUACUUCUAUACUCCGCCCGAUGUAUGCAGAAGUCAAGCAUUACUUUGAAGACUUCAUUACAUGCUUGGUACUCUUCACCAGUCGCAUGUGA